AUGAAAAAUGUUUCGGUAAUCUAUAAUAUCUCGACGAAAUGUUCAGUUCUGGGGACAGCUGCUGAUCUUCUGGAGGAGAGUCGUAGUUAUGGCCUUAGUACAUUUUUAUCCUUUAUCAUUAGUAUCAACUUCGUGGCUGCUCUCUUCGCAAUCGUCUGCAACAGUGCGGUGAUUUAUAUUCUUUCAAGAACACCGUCUCUUGUCACACCCUCCAACAUUUUGAUUCUCGGCUUGGCUAUCUCAGAUUUCAUGGUUGGUAUUCUUUCUCAACCAUUUUUCUGUUUGGUGCAUUAUUCUUAUUUAGCAAGAAAAAGUUCUCUGUUGUGCACAGGUGCUAAAAUAUACGAUUCAAGUGUAAAUGCCCUGGGCACCGCAUCGUUCCUUACUCUCGUAGCAAUCACAGCAGAGCGAUAUCUGGCUGUUCGUCUUCAUCUACGAUACUUAGAGCUGGUUACCGUCAAACGUUGUGGAAUAGUGAUUUUCUGUAUUUGGAAUUUCAUUUUCAUAACUCUUUUGCUUCUCGUUGCGUUCUUUCUCUUUAAUAUUUCCAGGACAAUUCGCAGACAUUCAAGGCAGAUACAGGCCCAGCAGCAUUCAAUCCAACAGUCCAUGAAUCAGUCGAUUAACAUUCCAAAAUACAAGAAAUCUGUCAACACCAUGUACUUCGUUAUUGGUGCUUUUGCGCUCUGCUAUGCUCCUUACGCUUUAGGUUUGAUUAUUUUCGACGUGGCUCAGGUCAACACCUCGCCUUACUUUAAACGAUUUCACUUGUUCACGGUCACCGAAACUUUCGUCAUGUGUAAUGGUUUGUUCAAUCCGAUUAUUUAUUGCUGGAAAAUCAAGGAAAUCCGUAACGCUUUAUUACAAGUAAUACGAAGAAUUUAGCCCAUGUGCUGGGGAAAACAGAAAAAAAGAAGAUUGAAAUGAAGAUCCUGAACAUUGUAUUAUACGAUA